UUGGUUAUUGAGGUGUGUUGAAGAUCUAGGAACAUGGCAAGUGUUAAAAAUAAUAGUAUAUUUGAUAUUGAAUCAGAAGGCAUGAGGGAGUUACGAGAUCGCACAUUGCUAACGAUAGUCCUAGAGACAGGCAUUUUACUUCUGAUUGACGGAGUUUCGCUGAUUGGAAACCUAGUGAUAUGCUGUGCAAUGUUCAAGAACCCUCGUCUACAUACGGUUACCAAUCUAUACAUUCUCUCUCUGGCCAUUACUGAUAUAAUGAUGGCAUUGAUUGUAAUGCCUGCAUCAUUUGGUACCCUAGUGACUUCAAGAUGGGCGUUUGGACCAGUUGUAUGUAACAUCCAAGGAUUGGUUAUUCUAUCCUUAGCGUUUGUGUCGUCGCUUACGAUAGGGUUGAUGUCUUUGAACCGGUAUUUCAGGGUUGUGCGGCCGAACACGUAUCGUUUACUGUUCACGGUCAAGAAGUCUGUAUCCAUGAUACUCAUUGCUUGGGGAGUAGUUUUCCUUUUUGUACUUCUCCCUGUGGUCUGCGGCCAGGCGUUUUUCGUGUUUCGUCCCAAGAGAUCAAGUUGCUUCAUGAAGAUAACUAUCCCGUUAGCAAACAAGGCAGUCACUGCAAGUCAUCUGGUUCUGUUUGUCAUCCUUCCGAUGAUAACCGUGUUCUUUUCUUAUUCCAAAGUAUUCAUAGCAGUCAGACGUCACUCUGCUCUAGUUGUGCCUUCAUUACAAACUGCCAACGAAUCCGGGGCAACAGGAAUAACAGUUGAAGAAAUMAAAAUCACCAAGGUACUAUUUGCAAUUGUACUUGGGUUCUUAAUCUGCUGGUGUCCGGUUCUCAUUAUUGAGUUUUUUAACACCUCUUUGCCUGAUCCUUCAUCCCUCGAUCGUUGGGUCUACCUUUUGUGUAACUACCUCUGGUAUACAAGUGCGGCUAUUAAUCCUAUUAUUUAUGGAGCAAUGAAUAGACCGUUCAGAACUGAAGCUGUAAGAGUUCUUUCAAAGGCAAGCAGAGCUAGAAAACAAAGCCUUGCAGAUGAACAUGAAGUAUAACUAAAGGCAGGUUUUUCUGACAAUGAUCAUGAUUGCUGCAACUAAGUUCACUCGACAUGUACAAUUGAACAUUGAAAUGACUUUAGUAUUCUCUGCUGGUGAGAGUCAUCAGUAGCGAAACUAGGAAUGAAAGUGAACCAUACUGACGACACUAAAGUACUUUUAAUCCAAGCUACAAAUUAAAAUAGUUUAAUGAACCUCACAAACUAAGAGAUCACAUAAUAGAAAAUAGAUAAAUAAACACACAGACACAGACACAGACACAGACACAGAC